AUGUCACUUGGUAACAGCACCAAUACCUCCAGAGGAACUGCCAAGUGUACAGCGGUCUCAAAGUCAAAGCCACUUCUCCGCUUCCACAAUAAUAUAUCGGCGUAUCUCGUGCCUGUGGAAUUCGUGCGGAGUCUGUAUGGGGAAGAGGAGGUGCCGAUCAAGGAGCUUCCGUUCUCGUUCACCCAGUUUGGCGCUGUCCUCAUGGUCGACAUUGUCGGCUUUAGUCAGAUGACAAGUAUAGCCUCGUCAAAAGGAGACGUCGGAGCAGAGAUGCUCGCCUCCCAGAUCGGUGCCUACUUCGACCUCGCCAUUCGCAUCAUUGAGUUCCACGGAGGAGACGUUGUCAAGUUCCUGGGAGAUGCACUACUGGUCGUGUUCCAACAAGAUCCCACGCCUGCUCGUGUGCAUGGAUCAGACACAUCGUCAUCACCACUAUUUCAGGAAGAGAACCCAGCAGCGACCCUCAAACGUAACAAGAUUAUCGUUCGGAAAGCAGUCGAAUGUGGUCUGGAGCUCCUGGCACGGCUAUCCAACUACAGGAUGUAUCUCUCCGAGCGGGAGUACUCCAGAAAGCUUUCAGCAUCUUCUAUCGGGGUCGAGGACGGUGUCUCUUCCGAGGACUCUUCAGCCUCUGUCGCAGGGAGCGCUGGAAACGGCUUGUCAGAUUCACGGAGAUCAUCAUUGAAUGCUUUAGGAGGCGCAAAUGGAGCUCACCCCGGCACCAUAAAGAUUGGUAAUAUGACGACUGGACCGGCUUUUGGCGGUGGACACCUUGGCACCUCCGAGUUUCCAAUGGGGUUUGGUGUCGCCAGUGGGAUAAUAACCCCAACUUUGGUCCCUGUUCUCAAUAUCGUUCCGCCUGGUCAAAACAACAACAGUUCUGGACAUGUCAAUGAUCAAAGUCAUAUAGGACCAGGAGGAAUUGCUGGAUUCAAAAAACGAGAGGGGUCGGUUGUUUCCUCGAUCAAAGGAAGCUCAACUGGAUCCAACAAGUACCGCAACGGGACCUUUCUAUCCAACGCCAAGAAUCUAUUUACGCAUACCAAUUCGAGCGAUCAACAGAGCGGCGGAUUGGCAAGCGAGGUUAUGUCCCUUACCGAAGGGUUCGUUGCCCCAGACGACUCCCAUGAUCUGCAGCUCCACAUGGCUCUCUCCGCUGGUGACAUUACAAACAUCAUUAUCGGAGAUGAAGGCGACAACGACGCAUUCAACAACCUGCUGACGCAAGAAACGGGGCGACUCGAGUAUGCAAUCUGCGGCGAACACAUGUCAUCAAUCGACGACGCGCUCAACAUGGCCAGGGCUGGCGAAGUCACCAUCACAAAGCGUGCCUGGAAGUAUGUCAACCCGGACUCUUACCCCUGGAGCGAGCCUCGGAGGAACUGCUUUAUUCUCAAGAACAACCAGCCCCCCGAGAGUAUUGAGGCACCUCUUCUUCGAAAAGUCCGGAACGAUAGGCUACUCAACAUAGGAGGCGACGUCAAUCCUAACUACUUUAAGUACAUCAACAAGUCGGCGAUCCAUCGGUUGAUACUGUACCCAGACAGCAACUUUCCGGCGCAGUUCAGAAAUGUCACCAUCUUGUUCAUCAGUCUUGGAGAUAUAAAGCCGUGGUCGCCUGAAGGGCUUGCGUUCUGUCAAAAGGCCAUGAUCAUCGUCCAUCAAGUCACUUCAGCUUAUGAAGGUUUCAUUCAGCAGUUCGCGGUCGACGACAAGGGAGCUACACUACUGUGCGCAUUCGGUCUUCCGUACCCUCGUUCACACGAAAAGGAGGCCGUCUUUGCUGCCAAGUCAGCAUGGAUGAUCCGGCAAGGGUUCCUGGCACAAGGCAUGCACGACUUCAAGAUCUCGCUGGCCACCGGCGUCAUUUUCACCUCCAUGAUCGGUAACGAGUUCCGUCGCGACCCUGCCAUUGUCGGAGACACCAUUGUCAUUGCAGUCCGCAUCCUCAAGUUUGACUACGCCACGGACUCGAUCGUAUUGGAUGACGCGACCAAGGUUGCCUGCAUGACCGAUAGCGACGAGUUGUGCGAGUUUGAAGAUCGAGGGGAGGAGUUUGUCAAAGGCAAGACGCAUCCGCUUCGGAUCUGGAGGCUGGUGCAUUUCGGCGCAAAGAAGCAGACGCGUCGUCCCGAAGAUGUUGGCGUCGACGAGACGAUUGGAUAUGAACCAGAGAGGGAGAAGAUUGUCAACCAUGUCACGACCUGGGCUAAAACUCCCGACCACCACACCAUCCUGGUCAUUGGCCCUCGAGGGUCAGGCAAGAGCAUGUUCUAUCACCAAAUGAUCCAUAUGGCCGACAACUUUGGUUACAGAAUUUGCUCCGCUGCGUCUGCCGAGGUCGAGAAGAACACAGAGUACUACCCCGUCAAGUUCCUCCUCCUGGGUCUGUUUGAUAUUAUUCGCCAACGCGACAUUCCUUAUGGCUCCAAGUCGACCAACACUACUGUGUCGCCUCCACUGACCACAUAUGGUGUUGAGGAGGGUGAGAUUCUCCCAAACCCUGUUACCAUUGUGACUGGUCCUGCGACAAGCGCUGCGGAGGAAGAACUUCAUCUACUUCCUGCCACGAUUGGUAGCCCUGGAAUGCUGCAGCCCAAAUCAGGCGUCAUACAAGCUACCGAUACUUCGACAACUGUACCGUCCACACAUCUGGAUCGCCGCCGCGCAAGCAACUUCUCGAUCGACUUGGACGACUGCCCGACGAUCAGCCAGUAUGGAGAGCCCUCUGCUCGUCGUUCGGCAUCGAUGACAAAGCUGGAGGCAUACAUCAUCGUCUGCUUGGCCAAGAUUGGGGAGAAGGAUUCCAAACUCUUGCCCAAGCUGAACAAGAUCAUUUCGGCCAUCUCUUCUGACAAUGCGACCCCACUGGUGGAAGAGCGCGACGACGAUAUCCUUGCCGACUUUAUUGUCGACAUCCUUAACUAUGCCAGUCGCUUCGUCAAGAUUAUCGUCAUGUUUGAGGACCUCCAAUGGUGCGACAAAAAGUCCUUGAAUAUCUAUCGAACCAUUCAUGAGCGUUGUCCUAUGGUCUUGGUCGUCCUCUUCUCCCGCCCCCAGCGAGAUUACGGCGGCAACAUCGCCAUUCAAGCAUUCGCCAACCACCCACACCAUCUUGAAAUCGCUCUCGAGGGACUCAAGCGCCGCGAAAUCGAGCUCGCCCUCAUCAAGGCCUUCAAGACCAGCGGCGUCACUAGAGUCAGUCCAGAGGUCAUUGAGCUGGUCCAACAACGAACCAAGGGCAACCCCAAGUUUGUUAAGAACAUGGCCACGAUGCUCAUGGAUUUCUGUCACGUCAACAUUGUCGAUGGUGAGCUCCUCUCUACAGGUCAGGAGGCCAACUCGGACCCCUCGUCCAAGGUUAUGGAGGAGAUGGUGAUGAAGCAGGAUCGCAAGCGGACAACGUUGAUGCAGUACGAUCGUCUUCGGCCUCGGUUUCAGGACUUUCUCAAGAUUGCAAGUUGUCUCGGUGACAGGUUCUCACUUGCCGAGAUCGCCGCCAUUCGACCGUUGGAGAACUUGCUAGGAACCCCGGAACCGGGCAAGUCGUACGCCAAUGUCAUCAGCGAUCAGGACACUUAUCGGUUCCUGUCCAUGGCCACGGACCAACAGACCAACAUUCAGUUCUCCAACAGCGUCGUUCUUCAGACCAUCUACACCUUUGGGUCGCCCUCCACGGCUGGCCACAUUUACGAUUCGAUCCCUUAUGAAGAGCGUGUCGGCUACCACCUCAAGAUGGGCCAGUUCUACGAGUCCUUCCUGGAGCAAGGAUACAUUGAAGAUCUGACCGAGCUGCCAUUGAACGGACAGGAUCUGCUGCCCCAGAUCACCCGCCACUACAUGAAGACCGAGCACACAGAGAAGAAGAUCAAGUACCUCAAGGCCCUCUCUUCAUUCGAUCUCAAGAGCAACAUGUUGACCAACGCCACCCAGAACAUCAACGACUUGAUCUUUAUCCUCGACACGGUACCAGGCGCCAGGGAGAUGGUCAGCCAGGAGGACUUGGCCGAUAUUUAUAGGAUCAAGGGCGAGUCGCUCUCGAAGCGGAUGCGGAUCGAGGAGGCUGAGCCGGCUUUGAUGGAGAGUCUGGCCUAUUACGGGAUCGCUUGGCCGCAGACAAAGCAACAGUGGAAGGUGGAGCUCCUGCGCGAAGGUCUCAAGUUCAAGUUCCACCAUAUCCGAGGAGCAACGCCAGUGCAGCCACCCAAGCACGGCCAGCGAGAGCCAAAGGCCAAAGUUGAGGGCAAGGAGAAGGUGCGGUACCAGCGCAUCAUUCGCGUGAUGUAUUGUCUCCAGAACAUCUACUUUUGGUUGACCCACCCCAGUGCCGCCAUGCUGGCGUGUCUCUACACGCUCAAGUAUUCCAGGAAGUUGGGUCAACCCUCCGGAAUCCAGACGGCGUCAUUAGGACGGAUGGGUCUCUUGUACUACUUUCAGAACAAGAAGCGGCUCUGCGAAAAGUACAUGAACGACUCCUGGGCCAUGGACAAGGAUGGACAAUCGUCCGAGGGCAUGCUCCCUGCCAUGGCUGCAUAUGUUGAGUACAGUGAAGGUCGACUGGAGGAAGCUCACCGGCUGUUGGUCAAGUCGAUCCAAGAGUCCAAGACGUUUGGUGUUGUCACCCAUCUAGCGUCCUUCUACCGAGCCGUGAUCAUGAAGUCUGCCUACCGGAUGUGGGAAGGUGCCUACAAUAUCCACCCAGAAGACUGCCAGCUUCUCCGCACCCUCUCGGCGGUAGCGAUCCAGAACGGCGACUCGGAAGGCGAGACCCUAUUCGCGAUCCCUACCCUGUCCAAUCUCCUCCUUCAAGAUCGACUCCGUGAGGCCGAGUCAUGGGUGGUCCUGAUCGAAAAGUUCAUCAUGCCCAAGGCCCGGUUGAUGAAUCUCUUGAUCGGCCAUAGUAUCCUCGGGUACUACUACGCUAGGAUAGGUCAAUACGAGAAGUCGCGGCUCUACCUGGAGUUGUUUGGCGACGUGAUUGAUAUCCCGGCCGGAGGCGCACAUCCGUUCCCCGUGAUGAGUUGUAUGUUCUCGUUGAUGUCACUGUACGAGAUGCUCGAGAACGGCCGGUCGAUCGAGAAUGAUGCCGCUUGUCCAUCCACAUUCCUUCAAACGCGAGCUCCAAUCAUUAUCGGACAUAUCCUGAACUACCUCAAGAACGAACCCGCAUCCCCCAUCCCAAAAUCAUACACCUGUCUCGGCGAGAGUCUGAUGUCUCUAUUGACCCCAGGUCGUGAGAAGGAAGGAACCCAGAGAUUGGUCCAAGGCUACAAGGAGCUGAGCGGGCACCUGAACGGACUGCAUUUCGUAAAGGCCUACUUUCUGGCGCGAGUCGGUCGAUAUUGUCCAGACCCUGCCCAGAAAGAGAUCUACUACCGAGAAGCCCACGAGUUGUUCAUCAAGAUGUCGAUGGAUUCCUCGUUUUGGCUCUCGGACCCCAACUCGCCCUGGAUCCCGCCUACAAGAGCAGCCGCCGGCGGUCCGGAGGAGCACCGUCGUAGUUUCAUCCGCAGCGACAUGCCAACGGCUACCCACUCUGCUCCCAUGGAAAUGGGAACCCUGGGUUGGGCUGUUGCAGAGGCCAAAGUGCAUCCUGAGGUCCUCCAGCAGCCCUUCAGUCGCAACGGCAGCGGCGGUGUCGACCCACCACCCGGUAUGGACACCAACCAAUCUGGAGCAAUAAAAGGCGAAGGAUGGGGAGUCAACGCAACAGACCAGGCCUUGUCGAUGCCAUCACCUCCUGCAGCAGCAGCAGCACCAUCUGAUUCCGCCAUUGCUCCUUGGGCUAACGAAAAAGGGACAGGAGCAGAAGGAAAAGCGGGAGAAGGGGCGAGACCGAGAUCGGAACUCGAGCCAGAAAUGAACUUUGAGAGCCAUUUGACGCUGACGGCGAGCAGUACCGGUACAGUCCUCAAGGUUCCCAAGUGCCAUAGCUAUGUGGCAUUGGACGAGGGGUUGUUUGAUUACGAGCUGGCGACGGCUGCGAGGGUGACGUGUCCUCCUGUCCAGGAUAUGAAUGGUGGCAAUACUGGCGGUGUUGUUAACCUUGCCGGGGUGGAAUUCAAUGGCCAAGCGACCCAAGGCCAAGUUAUGUAA